AAAGAGAUGAUGUUAGUUAAAAAUCAGUUGCUUUCAUUAAAAUGCAUAAUUUGCAUACCUGUUAAAAUGCCAUAUCUACAAAUAUAAAUUUCAUAUGUACGUAUAACUUGGCUAGUAAAGUACCUGUUCUAAUUACCCGUGGUACUGGAAAUUGAAAUAAAUUUAAUAUCUUCGUAAGAAUCAAGAGUAAAAAUUACAGCAGAAGACGACGGGAAACUUCACAUCCGGAUAUGAGUCAAUGGUUGUUGAAAAAGAAAAAGAAACAUACAGAAAAGUCGCCCAAAAUCAGAAAAACAGAUGCAAAACCAACCAUAGAACUACAUCAGCAUACCUUUAAACAAAAUAAAUCUUCAUUUUCUCUACAAAAAGGUCCAAUACAAACAAGACAAUGCAUCCAUGGAAACGCAGAUGAUAUUUAUGGAUUUUCAGUGAAAGACUGCAAAACGGAAGACAAUAAAAAGAAAAGUUAUCAUCAAGGCCAAGAUGAUAAGAUUUAUAAUGACCCAUGGGAUAUUCAUUGUAACGUUUUAAAUAAUGACCAAAAUUGUUGCAGUGUUUGUUUAUCAAAAGAAAUAGAAUUUUCAAAUGAUGGUAAAAGGACGAGAAAUACAUCAAUCGUAGGAACAAAUGCGACAAAAUCAAAAUCGAAGCCAGGGACUCGCGACAAAGUUAAAAAUAAAACACACAAAAAUGAGCGUCCGGAAUAUUUAGAUGACAGUGACACCGGAUGUGAAUUUUCAAACAGUAGCGACGAAGAAAGUGAUUAUUAUGAGUUUUUAGAAAAUAUUGAGCGCAGAUUGAAAAUAGACAAUUCUAAUUGCAAUCCCGUGAUAAUGCCAAAAUGGGACUCGCCUUUUUAUGAAAAAGGCAAUCAAAUUCGGCCAGUCUUGAGAGGCAAUGGCUUCAACGCAAGAUGUGCCGAUGACGUAAUAUAUAAUUCUGGAUCUGAUCACAGUAGUGGGUUCUUUGAAACAAACAGUUCAACUUUAACAACAUAUACUAGUCCAAAUAAUGAAAUUGUGCCAACAAUCUGUAGUAAUACAGAGGACUUAGACAUUUUCUCCUUCCCAGUCGAUGAACCAGAGACUUUAAGUCAAGAAACGAAACCAGGCAAGAGAAAUCCUGGCAAAGUGUACCAAACAGGUUUUGGAUUUAAGGGGAAUCGUUUAUUAGGCGAUUUGAUUCAAAUGAAUUAUGAAAAACAGCAGUUACAUUGAUUAACAAAAUAAGCCUUUAAAUUAAAAUCAGUGUGUGACUUUUUGUGGUUAUCUUCAACUGACUGUCAUGACGGAUUUAAAAA